AUGGAUCCAUCCUGUUCUAUGCGAAUACCUCGACGAGCCCAGUGCGUACUACCUGAGCUGACACUGGCACCGUUGAGCUCCAGUUUAGCUGCUACACCGCACAAAUCUGAUCAGCUUUAUGCCCAACAGCUUCCAGACAGUAGCAAUCGCAGCAGGAAUAUCAGUCGCUCAACUAUCUACAGCGCUCAGCAAGAAAUCGUCCUCGAUUGCGCACAUUUUCUUCACUCGACGACCGCUGGAUUCAAUUUGCCGCCGGAUUAG